CUGUCGUAAAAUUUCGUGAGGACGCCGCGCGCCGUGUAGCAUCUAGCGCGUACCUAAUAUAUUAAUAUUAUUGUGUGGCUUGUACUUCCUUCGAAUAUACUUGUUCUAAGAAAAUGGCAGACGUUAGAAAAGAAGAUUUAAAAAAGGAAAUUAUAAAAAUCCUUCAAACUCCGAAACUCAAGAAAAUAUCAACUAAGAAGAUCAUACAGAAAUUGGAGGAGGUAUUUGGUACAGACUUGACUAAAAAAAAGAAGAUCUUACAUAAACUUAUUAUGGACCAUGUGAACGGCAAGGUAUCGGAGGAAUCUGAAUCUGAGAGUUCGGAGGAAAGUGAAGAAGACAAAAAACCGGCGAAGCGAAAGAAACGCAAAUACAGUUAUGAUGAGACCUCAAGUGACUCUGAUGAGGAUACUAUGAUAUAUAUCAAACGACGUGUCUCCACUGAGUUGGUAAGUAUGGCCGAACUUGAUGAGCCCAUGAGACCACCGAAGAGAUAUGCCCCCGAGCUGGACUCCUCUGAUGAAGAGGACGGUUCGGCUGAUAGCGAAUCGGAAGAGGAAAAGAAGAAGCCAGCAGCCAAGAAAGGCAAGAAGAAGAAGGGUUUAGACGUCAAGGACAGUGACCGGGGCAAGAAAAAGGCUGGUGCCGGCGGACGAGGCAAGGGCGGGGGGUACACACGGGCAUGCAAACUGUCACCGGCCCUUGCAGAACUCAUGGGACAAGAGCAAAUGCCCAGACACGAGGUUGUUAAGCGAGUGUGGGCCAUCGUCAAGGAGAAGAAUUUAUAUGACCCCAAUAAUAAACAAUUUGCGAUAUGUGAUGACGCCCUGUAUAAGGUCAUUGGUACGCAACGCUUUAGGACGUUUGGCAUGAUGAAGUACUUGAAGGCACACUUUUUGGAUUAAGCGGGGAAGUGGGAAUGACAGUAAAUAUGUAGGGGCGUGGUUUGUAAGUUUUUAAAUGUGAACUUGACAAAAAAAGUAUAAUAAUAUUGUACAUGCUAUACAUAUAGCAUUUUGGUUACACACAAAAUAGUUUAUUUUGAUGAUCUUUGGUAUAAAAGUACCAUAUUUUCCUGUUUUAAUGAAACGGAACCGG